CAGAGGGGGUGACCCUGAGGAGACGGCAGGUGCAGCGGCUCCAUGGCCUCGGCCGCCUCUGUGACCAGCCUGGCAGAUGAGGUCAACUGCCCCAUCUGCCAAGGGACCCUGCGGGAGCCGGUCACCAUCGACUGCGGUCACAACUUCUGCCGGGGCUGCCUCACCCGCUACCUGGAGAUCCCCGGCCCGGACCCUGAGGAGCCCUCCACCUGCCCGCUGUGCAAAGAGCCUUUCCGCCCAGGCAGCUUCCGGCCCAACUGGCAGCUGGCCAGCGUCGUGGAGAACAUCGAGCGCCUGCGCCUGGUGGCCGCGCCAGGGGCCCAGGAGGAGGACGUGUGCCGGGAUCAUGGGGAGAAGAUCUACUACUUCUGCGAGGACGACGAGGCGCAGCUGUGCGUGGUGUGCCGCGAGGCCUGGGAGCACCGGGCCCACACCGUGCGCUUCCUGGAGGACGCGGCCGGGCCCUACAGGGAACAAAUUCAGAAGUGUCUUGAGUGUCUAAGAAAAGAGAGAGAUGAGAUUCAAGGAAUCCAGUCAAGAGAAAAUCAAAGGAUACAAGUCCUCCUGACUCAGUUGGCCACCAAGCGACAAAAAGUGAUUUCUGAGUUUGCACAUCUGAGCCAGUUCCUGGAGGAACAGCAGAGCAUCCUCUUAGCCCAACUGGAGAAGCUGGAUGGGGACAUCUUGAAGCAACGGGAUGAGUUUGACAUGCUGGUCACUGGGGAGAUCUGUCGGUUUAGUGCUCUAAUUGCAGAACUGGAAGAGAAGAACGAGAAGCCAGCAAGGGAGCUGCUGACGGAUAUCAGAAGUACUCUAAUACGAUGUGAAACCAGAAAGUGCCGGAAACCAGAGGCUGUGUCACGUGAGCUGGGCCAAAGGAUUCGGGACUUCCCCCAACAGGCCCUCCCACUGCAGAGGGAGAUGAAGAUGUUUCUGGAAAAACUUAGCUUUGAGUUGGACUAUGAGCCAGCUCAGCUCUCUCUAGACCCCCAGACUUCCCACCCCAAGCUCCUCUUGUCCGAGGACCUCCAGAGGGCUCGGUUCUCCUAUAAAUGGCAGAACUCACCAGACAACCCUCAGCGUUUUGACCGGGCCACCUGUGUCCUCACCCACGGUGGCUUCACGGGGGGGAGACACACGUGGGUGGUGAGCGUAGACCUGGCCCACGGGGGCAGCUGCACCUUGGGCAUCGUGAGCGAGGACGCGCGGCGGAAGGGGGAGCUGCGCAUGCGGCCCGAGGAGGGGGUGUGGGCCGUGAGGCUGGCUUGGGGCUUUGUGUCGGCCCUGGGCUCCUUCCCCACGCGGCUGGCCCUCGAGGAGCAGCCCCGGCAGGUGCGGGUGUCGCUGGACUAUGAGGUGGGCUGGGUGACCUUUGUCAACGCUCUCACCCAGGAGCCCAUCUACACCUUCACUGCCUCCUUCACCCAGAAGGUCUUUCCCUUCUUUGGACUCUGGGGCCGAGGGUCCAGUUUCUCCCUGACCUCCUGAGAGGGUAUAAUUCUAGUGGUGUAAGAGAGGGCCAUAUGGACUUGACCAUGGCUGGAUCACCUGGACUAUUUGGAACAGAAAGUACUGCUUUAGAUGAUGUGGUGGAGUCAGGACUUCGGCAAGAAGGCAUGGUGGGCUGCUGGUCCAGCCCUUCCCUCAGUGCCCAAUGGAUGGCAGGAUGUCUGGGGAAGGUGCUGACAACCCCACCCCUCACCAGCAGCCCCUCCAGGCACUGAAUCAACCGUGAGAGGAAGGAACACCCGAUUUGGAGCCAGAAGACCCAAUUCUAGACUGAGCCUUGUAACCAACCAACUGUAUGAUCUUAAACAAAGCACCCCCCGCCUCUUCAUC